AUGAGGAAAUUCAAACCCAUUUUUCGACGCAAAAAGCCUCAGCAAUCAACAACCGGCGACCCCGUGCUGCCGACUUCCUCAUUCCCUGAUGGAAUCAAGGUGUUACACGAUUGUCCCGAAGCUACAGUCGAUGUGUGUUUUGUUCACGGGUUAUCUGGCAAUCGCGAUAAAACUUGGACAAUCCACGGAGAGGCUGCAUCAUGGCCAGAGAUACUCCUGCCACUAGCGCUUCCUAAGGCUCGUAUCAUAACGUUCGGAUACGAUGCGUACAUGGUACGAAAUCCAGUUGCGUCAUCGAAUCGGUUAAUCGAUCAUGCCACGAACCUUUUAGCCGAUUUGACAUCAGACCGGGCUAUUCACAAGGCAACGCAUCGCCCCCUCAUCUUCAUCGCCCACAGCGUGGGCGGCAUUGUCUGCAAGGAAUCCAUUAUACUCUCAAGAAACAACCCCGAAGUCCAUCUUCGUAGCGUGUUCAAUUCCCUAGAAGGCAUCGUAUUCAUGGGCACACCACACAGGGGCUCAUGGAUGGCCGACUGGGCUAAGGUCCCGGCUUCAGCUUUAGGCCUUGUCAGGUCCACCAACAAGUCACUGUUAGACAUUUUGGAUACAAAUGAUCAGUUUCUCGAAUCAAUUCAACUGAUAUUUUUGGCCAUGCUACGAGAGUUGCGAGAAAGCGGCCGGAAUCUUCAGGUCACAUGCUUUGUUGAAGAGCUACCUCUAGCAGGGAUGGGAUUAGUUGUACCCAAGGAAUCGGCCACCCUUGAAGGAUAUAAUUCGGUUACAAUUCACGCAAACCAUAAAGACUUGGUGAAAUUCAGGUCUGCGGAUGACCAGGGAUUUAAAAGGCUGCUUGCAGAACUUACCCGAUGGGAAUCACAGAUCAGCACGAGAACCAGCACAAAAGUUGCUGACACCGACUCUGAGAGCAACGUGGACAAUAGAGGAGCAUCUACACCACGAUAUACUUUCCACAACUCCGGAACUGGCUGGAUAAAUGUGAACACGGGCAGCGCACCGCAAAACAUUAACAACGGCUCCGGUAUCCAGUUCAAUGGCCCAAUCCAAGGGCUCCAAUUGUCCCCUCCUCCGAUUUAAGUCAGGGGCGGAGCAAAUGGUCAAGGUGCGCCAGCCCAAGUUGCUCUCCCCGACAAGCGGUCGACAGUGCAGCCAGGCCUGGGUGGAGUGAUGACGCAGAGAAUAAUCCAGCUGGAGAUGGCCUCGGACAUGGUCGUGGAGAAUCGACAGCAAUUAUCAGAGCCUCAGG